AGUACACACUACACAGCACCCUCACCCCUCGCCGGCUCUGCUGCAUUCUCCUGCAGAAAGCGUGUUCCUGUUCCAAGGUUACCACCCUCUAUUCAAAAUCUUCAACAAAGCACUGCACUACCCUCUUUCUCUUCCCAUAAACCACUUUACAUUAUUCCAUGCACUCAGAACCUCACAUUGUCAACUAAACCUAGAAGGAAGGUUGCAGGGUGUCAUGCCUAUGAGGCAGAUAAGUCACAGCCACAAGCAGCAGAGACAUCAGAGGCAGCUCAGAAGCUCAAGAUUGGUUUGUAUUUCGCUACAUGGUGGGCACUCAACGUCGUCUUCAACAUAUACAACAAGAAGGUUCUCAAUGCUUUUCCAUACCCCUGGCUCACUUCCACUCUCUGUCCCUCGCCGCCGGCUCUCUUAUCAUGUUCAUCUCCUGGGCCACAAGGCUCGCUCAUGUCCCUAAAGUGGGUAGUUGCUCAGAGUGUGUUCUACCACAUGUGUAAUCAAGUCUCUUGCAUGUCUCUUGAUCAAAUAUCUCCCUUCACAUUUAGCAUAGGGAACACAAUGAAGAGAAUUUCAGUAAUUGUCUCUUCCAUUCUUAUCUUCCACACGCCAAUUCAUCCCACCAAUGCAGUUGCUGCUGCGAUUGCAAUUCUUGGCACCUUCCUUUAUUCACAGGCAAAACAGUGAGGCCUAAUUCAGAAGCUAAGUUAAGUGAAUGCUUAUUCAGGGAUGGAGCUAGAACUAUGAGCCUGUCAGUGAUAGUGAGAACAGUUGAUGUUACUAAUCAUGUUUUGAUCUUUGUCAUUGUAGACGAAAUUUUCGUUUCUUUCGUGUAAUCUAAGGCUGAGAAGAAUUUACUUUGAUUCAAUAAGGACUAAGAACGAACUCUGGAAUUCUCACCCAAUGACAGCAUUUGAGGAUAGUUCAACAUUGUGCAAAUGUCUUAAUUACAAAAAACUAAGCUUUCAAAUUUGGAAAGAUCUUGUAAAGAACCCAAGAAUACCUCCAAGGAUUGCAAUGCAAGCUCUUAUUUCCCAAAAAGCAAAAAUCCCAUCAAGUCUUUUUGCAAUUAAUGGAAGGCGCAUAAUGCAAGAAUAAUACCUGAUU